AUGGGCGUCACAUUCUUGGGUGUCUCCUACUCAUUUUCACAGCUACUUUCCCCCAUGUUGCUGGAAAAUGCUGGAGGAGACCUUAAGGAUGGCUGCCACCACUAUGAAGGAGCUGUGGUCAUCCUGGAUGCUGGUGCUCAGUAUGGGAAAGUCAUAGACCGAAGAGUGAGGGAGCUGUUUGUGCAGUCUGAAAUCUUCCCCUUGGAAACACCAGCAUUUGCUAUCAAGGAACAAGGGUUCCGUGCUAUUAUCAUCUCUGGAGGACCUAAUUCCGUGUAUGCUGAAGAUGCACCCUGGUUUGACCCAGCAAUAUUCACAAUUGGCAAACCUGUCCUUGGAAUUUGCUAUGGCAUGCAGAUGAUGAAUAAAGUGUUUGGAGGAACAGUGCAUAAAAAAAGCGUUCGAGAAGACGGAGUCUUCAACAUCAGUGUGGAUAACACGUGUUCAUUAUUCAGGGGCCUUCAGAAGGAAGAAAUUGUUUUGCUUACACAUGGAGACAGUGUUGACAAAGUAGCUGAUGGAUUCAAGGUUGUGGCACGUUCUGGGAACAUUGUAGCAGGUAUAGCAAAUGAAACUAAGAAAUUAUAUGGCGCACAGUUCCAUCCUGAAGUUGGCCUUACAGAAAAUGGGAAAGUAAUACUGAAGAAUUUCCUCUAUGAUAUAGCUGGGUGCAGUGGGACCUUUACUUUUACUAGUAGCUCUGCAAUAUUGAUAAAUGCUGCUCACUCUUUCUACAAUGGAACAACUACUCUACCAAUAUCAGAUGAAGAUAGAACCCCACGAAAAAGGAUUAGCAAAACAUUAAAUAUGACUACAAGUCCUGAAGAGAAAAGAAAAAUCAUUGGGGAUACAUUUGUUAAGGGAAAAGUAAUAGAACCCCUGAAAGAUUUUCAUAAAGAUGAAGUAAGAAUUUUAGGCAGAGAACUUGGACUUCCAGAAGAAUUAGUUUCGAGGCAUCCAUUUCCAGGUCCUGGCCUGGCAAUCAGAGUAAUAUGUGCUGAAGAACCUUAUAUUUGUAAGGAUUUUCCUGAAACCAACAAUAUUUUGAAAAUCGUAGCUGAUUUUUCUGCAAGUGUUAAAAAGCCACAUACACUGUUACAAAGAGUCAAAGCCUGUACAACCGAAGAGGAUCAGGAGAAGCUGAUGCAAAUUACGAGUCUGCAUUCACUGAAUGCCUUCUUACUGCCAAUUAAAACUGUAGGUGUGCAGGGUGACUGUCGUUCCUACAGUUAUGUGUGUGGAAUCUCCAGUAAAGAAGAGCCUGACUGGGAGUCUUUGAUUUUCCUGGCGAGGCUUAUACCUCGUAUGUGUCACAACAUUAACAGAGUUGUUUAUAUAUUUGGUCCACCAGUUAAAGAACCUCCCACAGAUGUUACUCCUACUUUCUUGACAACAGGUGUGCUUAGUACUUUACGACAAGCUGAUUUUGAGGCCCAUAACAUUCUCCGGGAGUCUGGCUAUGCUGGGAAAAUCAGCCAGAUGCCCGUGAUUUUGACACCAUUACAUUUUGAUCGGGAUCCACUCCAGAAGCAGCCUUCAUGCCAGAGAUCUGUGGUUAUUCGAACCUUUAUCACUAGUGACUUCAUGACUGGGAUACCUGCGACACCUGGCAGUGAGAUCCCCGUAGAGGUCGUGUUGAAGAUGGUCACUGAGAUUAAGAAGAUACCUGGUAUUUCUCGAAUUAUGUAUGACUUAACAUCAAAGCCCCCAGGAACUACUGAGUGGGAGUAAUAAAUUUCUUGUUCUGUUAAA